CCUUUACGAGCACUGUAAAAAAAAAACAUGGAACCAGGACAGGUCCUCAAAACGUUUCUUCAACACCAGCUCGCUUCAGAUGCCAACUCUGUGCGAUUCUUGCCUUCUGUCCUGCCCGCCCUCUCUCCUGCAUGCUUCAGUCCAUCGCCCCACCUGCAAAAGUGGUCUGCGCGACUGAGCUCUCUCAUCCACUCCAAGGAUUCAGGCGCACGAUGGGCAGGAUUCUGUCUGGCGCUGAAAACUGCUAAAUGCUCAAAGGCCUUGAUGAUUGAGGGUGCGCAGGGCUGGAUAGGUGCAGCGUUACCUCUACUUUCAAAAAAUGAGCCGGUCCCGAAUAUCAAGGCUGCAAUCCGCCUUUUGGCACAUAUAUUCUCGGCAGCGACAGAUAUUCUCGAGUUUCAAAGACAAUUGGCCACUCCAAAUGUCCCAAAAUACAGCCUUGUGCUGCUUGCACUUGCAGAUAAGCAUAGCGACCACGAAUUACAGUUGCUUGCCAUCAAUUCCCUCACACAGAUCAUCCCCCUCUUUCCAACGCUCCACCGCGGACUACACGCGUCUCUGUCUUCCUUCGUCCUGCGUCAGCUGAAUGGUUCGGCGCCCAAGCCGACAGACGCAUCAAUAUUAGAAGCUUCUUCACGCCUGUAUGCCGUUCUACCUGUCACUGGCGGCAAAGUAGGGGCAGCCACUUUGUGGCGAAAAUCGGUUGAUGAGACUGUACUCUUCCUGUGGAAUGCUUUCGUCACUAUCAGAACAACCUUUCCUCAUGAUGCUCGGCUCCGCCAACGGCACCCAGUUCCUGACGCGGAUCCUCUGCUCGGUAUCCCACUAAACCUUGACCGAUUGCGAUGCGGUAUCAUCGCCCUUUGUGACCUUCUCAGGUUUACCAGUACACGGCCCGUUCAGAUGCCUCUAGGUGCCAUUGUUCAAUUAUGCUUUGCAUUUCUCAGCUGCACAAACGAAGAAAAGAGGGAUGGACACAUAGAUUUGACUACGCGUGCCCUGGAGGAGUCCGCUACAGCAGACGUCUUGAGUUUCGGAUGUAUGCUUCUCAGGGACCUCGUUGCGUGCGCACGUCAGCGUCUGACCCCACACGUCCCCCGAUUCAUAUCAGUGAUAUCGUUCCAUCUUGAACACAUAACCUCGCCUCAACAACGCCUUCCAUUUCUUUCCCUCCUUACAACUCUCUUAGAAUUCGCACAACCUCUCCACAAUGUGAUCCUCCCCACGCGGACUGUAAAAGCUCUUCUUUCCAUACUCUCUGUCCUGCUUCCGUCACAGUCGGACGUCACUAUCCGCCUCGUCCUGCACAAUCCGUAUCUCGCUCCGGCAACAUACUCAACCGCCUCGCGCUUCUUGCUGUCGAUCAACCUCUCCCUGCCAUUGAUAGCACCCCAUCAGAUAUCACAAGAUCUGACACUACACCUGCGAAUCCUAAGCAAAGUCCAGGCAAUGUGUCUAGAGAUAGGUGCGGGCACAUCUAGCGUUCUGAGUAAAAGUCUAGGCCUAGUUCUCAACAGCGGCGGCGAUGGACAUGUCACCAGUCAAAAGCUCGAUUUGUUCCUGCAUCCGCGGGCCCCGCCUCUCGUCAGAUCCCUCCCACACGUGGAGUCGCUGUCUCUCUUCAGAACGGAAGAAAGUAACGAGGAGACUGACGUACGGACAGGGCUAGGCAUCGGGGUUACUGAACAGACGAUCACACAGUCGGCCAUUGCCCAGGAUGCUCAUGUUAUUUCGGCCCCGCAUGUCGCCGCUCAGGGACGCGAUAACGAGACACGAGGGUGGCAGACGUCCGGUCAAAGUCGGUCUAUGGAUUUCACGUCGACGACACAACCAGCAUAUUCCAUGUUGCAAAAUGAAACGCCUUCGACGACACCAGCUGCCAAAGCUGUUCCAUCAAGCACUUUGCCUACACUGCCGACAUCCAGCUCCGAAUCCGAUUUCUCUUCACAGGUACCCGAUGCUAUAUCUCGUUCAACAUUGACAGAAACUAGAUCCAAUCAAAAGCCGGAAGCCACAACGGCGCAGCCUGUUACUUUACCUGUGACUGUGCUGGAGGAUGACGAAGACGAGGAGAUGCCUAGUAUUGACAUGGAAUCAGACUCUGAUUGAGGAUCCUGC